AUGGCUAGUCCUCCCGUUCUAGCUUUCGAUGCCGAGGGCCGCCCAGUGAAGUUCGAAACCUGGCUAGAUGACCUGCACCUGUUCCUACAGCUCACUGCCAAGGAAGAUAUCUCACUGUACGACCAUGCCCUAGGCCAUGCCACUGCCCCUGACUCGUCUGCUGACAGCACUCUGCGUUCCCAGUGGCAGACCCGUGAUGCGCACGCUCGCUUUGCUAUUCGCAACUCCCUGCCGCUAGACGAGCGCGAGCACUUCGGCCAGUGCAAGACUGCUAAGGACCUCUACACUGCUGUAGUUGCCCGCUACUCCUCACCCGCUUCUGCCACGCUAGGCCGCCUCACUCUCCCCUACCUGUUCCCCGACCUAGCCUCCUUUCACACUGUCGCAGACCUCAUCACCCACCUUAAGACUAGUGAGGCCCGCUUUCGCGCUGCUAUGCCUGCCGAGGACCACUUCCUCUCUCGCUCCCCCACUAAGCUCACUGUUGCCCUCCUCGAGAAGGAACUGCUUGCAGCUGAGGCGAGCAUCGUCGCUGUAGGCACCUCUCGUGGCGACCCCCGCACCCCGUUCUUUGAGGGGUGUUCCCCUUCCCCCCUCCUCCCCUCUGUCGCCUCUGCUGCUGCUGUCGACCUUCUUGGUGCUGAGAAGGUCGGGACCGCGUCUGCUUCGAGCGGGCGCCGCAGGAACAAGGGGGGCAGGGGUGGGGGUGGCGGCGGAGGAGGUGGGGGUGGAGGCGGUGGGAGUGGAGGCGCGGCUGGGGAGACUAGUGGCGGCAGUGGGGGAGGAGACAGCAGCGGUGGGAGUGGUGGUGGAGGCGGCAGCGGAGGCGGAGGUGGUCGUGGCGGCGGCAGGGGUGGAGGUGGCCGGGGCGGCGGCGGUGGGGGUGGUGGUCGUGGAGGCACUGGCGGAGGGCAGAGUCAGCAGCCCACCCCGACGCUUCAGGCCGCCCGUGAGUGGUAUGCGCAGCGUAGCGUUACCUGCACUUUCCUGCUGCCACUGAGCUGCCGCGCUGGGCUGAUCUGGAAAAGAGGGGUGUUGAUAUUUGGGCUCUACCGUUAUUUCUGA